AAUAGUCCUCUUCGGCGCUUAUCAAGAAGAAGAAGCCCCACGCUUCGACCCCACCGUUCAUCAUCUUCUCUACCUAAUCACUAAAAAUUCACUCUUAUUCCGCUCGUCUCUGCAGAUUUCUCUUCAGUUCUUCGUCUAACAAUGGCCCUGCAACUAUGGGAGGCCUUGAAAGAGGCAAUCACAACAUACACGGGUCUAUCUCCGGCUACUUUCUUCACUGCUGUUGCUCUGGUUUUUGCUAUCUACCAUUUGGCGUCUGGGAUGUUCGGGUCCUCUAAUCACAGCAACUACCAGAGGCCCAGGCAGUUGGAGGAGGAGAUGCAGCCCCUGCCGCCGCCGGUUCAGGUCGGGGAGAUCAGCGGAGAGGAGUUGAAGCAGUAUGAUGGGUCUGAUCCUAAGAAGCCUUUGCUCAUGGCCAUCAAGGGCCAGAUCUAUGAUGUUUCUCAAAGCAGAAUAUUUUACGGACCUGGGGGACCUUAUGCAUUGUUUGCUGGAAAGGAUGCUAGUAGAGCUCUUGCCAAGAUGUCGUUUGAGGAGAAAGAUCUUACUGGUGACAUCUCCGGGCUCAGUCCUUUUGAGCUCGAGGCCCUACAAGAUUGGGAAUACAAGUUCAUGAGCAAAUAUGUCAAGGUUGGAACUGUCAAGAAUGAAGUGGGCGAAAGUGAGGGAACUGCUAAUGGCGAACCUUCAGAGGCGACUGAGCAGCAAGCUGAUGUCUCACCCGAGAUUGCUAAGUUGGCAGAGGACAGGCCAUCUAAAACCGUUAACCCCGUUGAGCAUACUCCACCAGAAACCAUUUCUACUGAAGGAGUUAGUGCAUCUGAUGGCAAUGCGGACAAAAAGGACUAGAAGUCGCCAUAUGUUCAUCUAAAGCACCAACGUGUGAGCGAGGAAAGCAGCCUCUUAUGAAGGGAUUGUUAUUGGAUGUCUAUCUGUUAUCUCCUUUUCAUGAAAACUUAAUUCUAUGUAAAAUGCUUCUUUAGGUAAACUUCUUAUCUGAACUCCCAGUUUGCUCUAAUGAAAUAAUGAACCAAUGCCCAGCAGUGAAUACCCUUAUU